AACUACCUGGCUUCAGCCUUCGAUCUUAGUAAGCCUUUCACGACAAGCUGGAAAGAACAUUACGCGGUCCGGGAAAUUGUUGUUGACAUUUAUCCACGGCAUGCAUACAUUGUCAUCGACAUCAACAAUCACCAUUAUGACUUCGAGGUCGCUCAUUUGCAGGACUUCGCUAUUCCGGUUCACAUUCUUCGCUUGUCAAGGCAAAGCAAGACUUGGUCCUUCUUCAGACAAGAAUUGGAGGAUCAACGAGUCGCGAAGGACAUUGCAGAGCUACACAGGUGCAAUGGCCAGAAGCAGCCCCCUUUCUUUGCGGAUCAUAUUAGAGGGUCUGUGUACCUCUCUCCCCGUACAACCUGA